AUGGCUGCUCUACAGUACCUUGAAUCGCAGAGAAAUGCGCAUCCAGAGCUUGGCGAGUGGUACAAUUCGCUCGCAGAUCUGUACCAGAAGAAACUCUGGCACCAGCUCACCCUUAAGCUGGAGCAGUUCAUCGCUCUCUCUAUCUUCCAGGCUGGAGAUGCUUUAAUCCAGUUUUACAACAACUUCAUCACCGACUUUGAGACGAAGAUCAAUCUUCUGAAGCUUGCGCAUUUCGCGGUCGUGGUAUCACGACAGUACCCUGAGAAACAAGCUGCGGUUAGUUAUCUUGCAGGAGUGAUUGAAAAGCUUAGAGCUACUAAAGAGUCGAGGAUCAAUGAGCCGAUUAGCUAUAUCGAGACUCAGGUAGCUCUGUUCAAGCUUGAGCAAGGUGACCAGAAGGAGUGCAAGAAGAUACUGGAAGAUGUGAAAAGCUCUCUUGAUAGUAUGACUGACAUCGAUCCAUCAGUCCAUGCCAACUUCUUUUGGGUGUCUUCUCAGUACCACAAGUUCCGUCAAGAGUUUUCUGAUUUCUACAAAAACGCUCUUCUUUACCUCGCUUAUACUUCUGUGGAGUCACUCUCAGAGUCGUUUAAACUGGACUUGGCUUUUGAUCUGUCUCUGGCAGCUCUACUCGGAGAGAACAUCUAUAACUUUGGGGAACUCUUAGCCCAUCCAGUUUUGAAGAGUCUGCUUGGAACAAAUGUGGAAUGGCUUUACCACAUUCUACAGGCAUUCAACCACGGUGAUUUGGUUCAGUACCAAGAGCUCUGCCGUGUGCACAACGCAGCCUUGAGCGCUCAACCAGCGCUGGUUGAGAAUGAGAAGAAACUAUUAGAGAAGAUCAACAUUCUCUGCCUUAUUGAGAUCAUUUUCAGCCGACCAGCUGAAGAUAGGACCAUACCUUUGAGUAUCAUCGCUGAGCGUACUAAGCUUUCAAUCGAAGAUGUUGAGCACCUUCUCAUGAAGAGCUUAUCCGUGCACCUGAUAGAGGGAAUAUUGGAUCAGGUGGAUGGAACGGUACAUGUCUCAUGGGCGCAACCGAGGGUGCUUGGGAUUCCGCAGAUCAAGUCAUUGAGGGAUCAGCUAGAUUCUUGGGUCGAUAAGGUUCACACUACGUUGUUAUCUGUUGAGGCCGAGACACCAGAUCUUGUUGCAGCUUAA